AUGUGGAGACGAACCUACCUACUCUUACUGCUGAUCCGUGUUUACUUCGCGCUCUCGCCCAGCUAUCUACACCCCGAUGAGAAUUUCCAGGGCCCCGAGGUAUUCGCUGGUCGCAUCUUCUCCUAUCCGUCCAAACUCCCUUGGGAAUUCACCGUCGAUCAUCCCAUCCGCAGCGUUUUCCCACUAUGGCCGACCUACGAGGUUCCCAUGAGCCUUCUACAUUGGUUCUACGCCGAGAUCGGGUCCGGCAACCCACCACCACAGUUGGUCUAUUAUGCGCUUCGUGCAGGCAUGUUCCUGCUGAGCUUUGUUUUGGAAGACUGGGCAAUCUAUGAGUUGGUGCCGUCCCCGCGCCACCGCCGCGCGACGGUGGUCCUGGUGGCCUCGAGCUAUGUCACCUGGACAUAUCAGACGCACACCUUCUCCAACUCUCUGGAAACCCUUUUGGUCGCCUGGGGACUGGUUUUGAUUCAGCGAAUCGUUGAGAAUAAGCAGCAACUCUCUUCCUUCUUUUCUUAUGUGGUGCUUUCAUUCAUCGCGGUGGUCGGGGUGUUUAAUCGCAUAACCUUCCCUGCAUUCCUUCUCUUGCCCGGCUUACAAUUGUUGCCACACUUCCAGCGCAAACCAACAUCCUUAGUAGCCUUCGUCGGCUUCGGGGCCUUCUUUGCUUCGAUAGCAAUCUACAUGGACACAGCGUUCUACCGACCCUCCGCGUCAUUCCUCGAUAUUGUCCGCUCCCCCGUCAUCACCCCGGUGAACAACCUCCUAUAUAACACUGACAAGACCAACCUCGCCGUCCAUGGUCUACACCCCCACCACCAGCAUCUCGUCGCCAAUCUCUUCCAGCUCUUGGGCCCAGCCUAUAUUGUCAUGAUUUUCUCACUCUUCCGUUGGCCAGUUGGACUGUCGUGGAUGCGUAAUGCGCGCGCCGCCUCGGCACUCUCUGCAACCGUUCUUCUUUCCAUCUUUCCGCACCAAGAGCCGCGAUUCCUGAUCCCCUGUGUUCCGCUGCUUCUCAGCUGCAUCCGCGUCCACCGCUCGCGCAUUUUCCUAGCCGUAUGGAUUGUUUUCAACGCCAUCAUGGGCUUCCUCAUGGGCGUGUAUCAUCAGGGCGGCGUCGUGCCGGCACAGCUGGCCAUGCGGUCUAUUGUAGAAUCCAACAUCGCCGCGCAAGGUGUCAAGAUUCAACCCGACGCAUCGGUCUUCUGGUGGAAAACCUACUCCCCGCCGCAAUGGCUGCUUGGGACGGACACCAACACGACGGCGAAGAUUGACACCCUUGAUCUAAUGGGUAUUCCUGGCAUCGACAUGAUCCAUCGCCUCGAUCAGGCCGUCCCGCGCUGCAACACCGUCUCCCCAAUCUACCUGGUCGCGCCUACGUCGGCCACCUUCCUCGAUGAAUACAUCUCAACAGCAUCCUCAUUAUCACGAUCUCCCAACCUGCAACUUUACCGGCUAUGGACACAUCGCAAGCACCUCAACCUGGAUGAUCUGGACUUUGGUGAUGAUGGUAUCUUGACCACAUUUAACCGGGUUAUCGGGCGCCGCGGGCUAGGCGUCUGGUCUGUCCGGCGAGUUUGCAGGUAG